AUUUGGAUGAGCAGUUUACAUGUAGCAUGGGCUACUUACAUAAUGUAGGUCCAGGCAAAGAGUCGCUUCGAAAAUGUUGUUUACAGUCUCCUUCAAGCUCGACGAUUUGGACCGCUCAGUUGUGUUUGCUGUAGAUUUUGAAAUCGCGCUGUUCGAUUUUUUCGAGGUUAAACGCCAUAGAAAUUCGAUACGCGUGGGGCAAAUUGUUCUGCACUGGAUCGGAAUACUUGACCGAGUUUGGUAGUGCUGAUGUCGCGACCCAGCCCUGGCCCUAGCUGGACCGUCCUUCCAGAGCCUCCAAACACUUCCCCUGCACCAACACCACGAUCUGACCCUGCCAGUGAUCUCGGUGACGACGAAGAGGAUAACUUUGACGCACCCCCAGGGAAGAGGAAGGCUAUCGAGAGCCCUGUUUCUGUUCCGAGGCCUCAGAAGCUUGCGCGUUUCAAUGAUAAUAAUCAACACGAGAAACGGGCUGAGGUAUCACAGUCUGGUAAACGAACGAAUGGUACCGCUCCUAGUAGUCUAACGCAACCUCCUAAAAUCGCCAAGACAUCCCGUUCUUCAUUUUUGUCCCAGCCUGCGCGUGCACAGCCUGUGCGUCCUGAGAAAGGCAAGGAUCGUGCGUCAAGUGGACAGUCAAGCUCCUCGCUGAGUGAUCACAUAUCAACCAUGCUCGAGAAGCAGACUGCGCGGCUCAAACGCGCAGAGAUAGCUCGCAAAACAGCUCGCAAGACCACUGGAAGUCGCAGAGUAUCUAAUUCAGAUCUUAUUCGUGCCGUACAGAAGCCCAGCAGCGGUUCUGAAGUUUCUUCCGCUGCUACUCGCGUGCGAAGAGUUUCCGUCAGAAGGUUUCCGCGCGGUCGACGACCUCCCAGUACAAGCGUCAUCGAGCUCACUGACUCUUCGGGUUCUGCGAGACGAAGAAGGGCUCGCGGUGACGAUCCCAUUAUUAUCUCGAGCUCAGGUGCAGACACUCCUCCGAGACAGCCCUGGCCUUCACAGACGCCAAUUUCCCGCAAAGCAGGCCCUAAACUUCCACCUCCUUCUGAUGCUGAAGUUAUUUGCAUAUCUGACAGUGAUGACGACAAUGUUCCCGCUCCUUCGCAAGCGACUGCUGUCCUUCCCGUCCAAGAGCCCAGUCCUACCUUACCUUCGGCGCCUUCGAUCAUCGUGGAAUCAGAAAAUGAAAUCGUGGUCGAUUUAGAACAUCAGGUUCCAGAAAAUUCGUACUAUGAACUAAUGGAACCCGAGUCCAACUUUGACGAAGAACUAGCAAGAUCAGAACUCCAGCGUCAAACAGAGGAAUUGUUUUCGUACAUUGAUUUGGACCCCCCAGAACCAAAUUUCGCUGAACAAAUUACCAGUCUAAUUGCCCAUGAUGACUGCAAUACUGCUCAGGAACCAGAUGUUCCAGCCCCUGACAUACUUACCCAUGCCACUCUUCCAUCCUCAGAGAAAGCAAGUGGGACUUCUUCAAGUGACACUGUUCCGAUCGAGAUAACCUCUCAAUGCAUUGUAGUCGACACUAUUUCUCAUUUAGAGUCCUCAUCAAGCUCGAAAGUUGCCUCAGAAGUUCCCUCCCAGAUGCACGCUACCGUGCCCACCAUAGCUAAACCCUCAAUUACAUGGAAUUAUACCCCUCCCACCACCAACCCGUUCUUCGCUAGGGCGCUUGCUUUCAACGCAAAGGCGUUGAAAAAACCUUUACCCUCAGCUGCUCAGGUAGCUAAUGAACCGAAGGCAGCUACUUCUUUCGCUGCCCCGGCUGCUUCGCCAGCUAUUGUCGGGUCUUCCAUAGCAAACAUCCUGUCCGAGCCCUUGCUGUUCGAGCAGGCUUCUGACGCACCCACGGCGAGAAACAACCCAGCCUCAUCACCCUCGCCUGAUCACUUGCUACCUUGUGACGGUGAUAGGAGUGUUUUUUCACCCAUUGUGGAUGAAGCUACGGUAGAGGCACUUCAACAGCUUCCACAAAUAGACUCUCGCGACGAUAUCAGGGCUUCUUCGACUCGCAGUGACCAGCCUUCCACCCGUGAAUCUACUGUCAUGAAGGUCCCUAUCUCCAUAUCGGACAUACCACCACUACCAGCAACCGCCCCUCCCUCAUCCACCCCUCUCCCUGUCCCACCACGUGUGCAGCGGCCCAUUAAAGGACUCUCGCUUACCGAGUUGAUUAACAAGAGACGAGAGGAGCACUUCAGGUUGCAUCCUUCUGGCGAAUGCAUCGACCUCACGGACGAUGUGUCUCCUUCACGCGAUGGUAGUCAGGCGCCCGGUGUAUCCAAGCCUCAGGAAUCUGUCCAAUCUCUACAUACUAUAUCUCAAAAUGCAUCUUCAUUACCUGCCCCAGUCUCUGCCAGUCAGCCGGCGCCAACUAUUGAUACCCGUACGCCGAGUAUACAAGAAAUUCGCGAUUUAAUGCGGCAGCGUCCGUUGAGCAGUAAACCCAGCAUGUCUUCAGAAGCCAGCAAUCCAAGCACCUCGUCUGUAGCAUCCGCCGCCAGCGCCCUCGUUCCCAACAUCUCUCCACCUCAUUCCAUUACAUCCAAUUCAACAUCAUCCAGCAACCAAAGCAGCUCGAAAUCUAGCCCGCGCAAGAAGACCCGCUCUAUAGGCAUGGCAAGCCUUGAAAUGUUCAUCUCACCCAUCCCGAACUGGUCCCAGUCCGCGUCGACGAAGAAGACGACACCGCCUACUGUGAAGAGAACCUCAUGUAAUGCGGAUAUUUUUAGGCGCAUUAUUACGCCUACGGCAGAGAUAUCGAUGCGCAGUCCCUCGUUGUCUCCUUCUGAGGGUCGGAGAACCAGGCGUGUUGUUCGGCCAUCCAGUCCGCUAGGUGUUGGCGCUGGUGAUGUUGCCGCGCAACUUGAUGAUCAGUUUCAUGUACUGCCUGAGCCACUCGAGGGUCCCAGAGUUACACCGUUUGCUAUCCCUGCAGAAGGAGAGAUGGAAGUCCAGAACACCUCUGCGCAUCAGGACGUCCCCCUAGAUGACGUAAUGGACGAUAUGAUUCCAUCGGAAGGCUUGCAGGGUGUCACUGAGAGCAUUGGAUCGCUGGAUUUACAUGAACACGGCCGAUCCCCUGAAGUAGAUAUCAAUGUCAAUCAGUCGAUUCGCCUCUAGAGAGUGUAUGUAAAGACGGGUACCUUGAAGGCAUUCCGGUGUCUGCCGAAUUGAUGGAACACGAGGAGUUAGAGUCACUGGGGAUGUUGGUAGAUGACGUUUCGGCUGAGAGUGUGGAGGAAGCUUUGGUCACUGUUCAUGAGCGCCUCGAUGUUGACGAAGACGACGGUGGUGUAGGUAUGAGAGG